AUGGACCACGGAUCGAUGGGCGGUUCCUCGGCGGACUGCAAAAUGUCCAUGCUCUGGAACUGGUACACAAUCGACGCUUGCUUCCUCGCCGAAUCGUGGCAGAUCAAAAACGCCGGCAUGUUCGCCGCCUCCUGCAUCGGCGUCGGCGUCCUGACCGUCUUCCUCGAAAUCUUCCGCCGCCUCGGCAAGGAAUACGACGCCCUCAUCCAGCGCCAAUUCCAGGCCCGCGCCGCCGAGCUGCAAUCCCGCAUCCCCAAAGAAACCUCCUCGUGCUGCGACUCCGAAUCCACCCCUACUGCUGCCGUCGUCGCGGCUUCCCAAACCCUCGUCUUCCGCGCCUCCCCGCUCCAACAACUCAUCCGCUCCGUCAUCCACGCCGCCACCUUCGGCCUCGCCUACAUCGUCAUGCUGCUCGCCAUGUACUACAACGGCUACCUCAUCAUCUCCAUCAUCAUCGGCGCCGGGCUCGGCAAGUUCCUGUGCGAUUGGCUCGUCGUGCGGGUUACCCUCGAGGCGCCCACGGCGCUGCCGACGACCCCGACCGCUCGCACCACGCCGAAAGCGCCCGGUAUCGAGGAACCUAGCGUCUGCUGCGGUUGA